CAUGCGCAGAGCGGGUUUAUGUGAAUAAAUCAGAGAAAUAUCGCGAGCCGUAUGCUUAUUAUUGACAAUUGUAUAGAUGUAUCCAGAGUCCCGAAAUGUCGCGGAGAAAGCAAGCGCGUCCUCGACAUGUCGAUGAUCCCGACUUAGAAUCGCCGGCGAUUGCUCCAAACACCGUCGUGCCCGUGUUCGAAGAGUCAGACUCAGAGGAACACUCGGUCGAGACGAGGCACAGCCCCGCCCUGGAUGUUUCCACACUAGACAACUGCAGCCCCCAGUGCACGGAAGAAGAUUUAGCAGACGAAGGCCACAACUACCACUCCGAUCCUGAAGGCCAUGUCUGCAUGAAGUGCCAGGCAGAAUUUCUGGAUCAGGACAAGUUGAUAAUCCAUCAGAAGGACUGCUUGAAGCCAGUUAUGCUUCUGUUUGAUGACCAUUCCAUGAAAACUGAAAACCAGUCUGAUCAUUGUCACCUGAAUGGUUACAAUUCCCAGAAACAACCUUCUGGUGAUCACACUAAAGAACAGGAAGUGGACGACAGUUCCAGCAUGAACCAGUCCAAGGAGUACAGCUCCUGCAAAGCUGCAGAUGAAGUUGAUGCAGCUGAUAAAAAUCUUGAUUUUGAAAAUACAAACAGUGAUGAAGAAGAAAGUGACUACAACAAAUCACUGGAUGAAGAGGAGGAAGACAGUGAGUAUGAAAGGCCAAGAAAAUUAGACUUAGGUGAGAAGCUUAAGGCUAACCCAACUGCUGCAGACAUCGCUGCCUACAUGCGCCAGUUGUCCAGCCUUGUGCCUACAAUGGGCACCAGCGCCAGCUCCAAUGUAAUGCUGGAACCAAUUGAGGCAACAAAAGCGGCUGUUGCUCAAUUUGCAGAGAAUAAUCCGGAUCAGGAGAAAGAUGUUGGGAAACUCCAGGCUGCCUUGUUCAACCUUCAGCAGCAGCAAUUAAUGCAACUGCAGCUGAUCCACCAACUGCAGCAGCAACUGGUCAAUAGUGGAGGUCCAACUGGUCAGUUUCCAGCUGCACUCCUCAAUGGUCAGUUUGGUUCCAGCUUCCCUGGUCUAAACCUCAGCAUGGCUGCAUUACAGCGAGCAGCAGCAGGGGAGAGAACUCGGUCCUCACAGUCCUCUUCUGAACACGAUUCCCAGUCACCCGAUUCUGACUCUGACAGCGGGAACGAAGAAAAGGAGAAAUCACAGCCCUCUACGCCCCCAAUCAUGUCUCAUACUCACUCACCUAGUUACACGCCAAUCACAGAGGGAGACCUUGGAAAAACUGAGCACGAUGUGUCGCCGGUGUCUCUGCUGAUGACUGCAGCAAGUAAAGCAGGAGGUCUGGUCUCCUCUAGUGCAAGCAGCGCUGGUCUGUUGGAUUUCAGCAGAUCGUCAAAAGGGGAAGGUCAAGGUUACGGCACUAGCAAUGAUGACCCGUUUUUCAAGCACAAGUGUCGUUUGUGUGGCAAGGUCUUUGGCAGCGACAGUGCCCUGCAGAUUCAUGUCCGAUCGCACACAGAUGGGGGCCCACUCCAUGAAGCUUUUAUGCUGGGCAGCUUGCCCCUGGGGUGGGGACCCAGCUUCUCUGACCUCCCCCACCCUGGAGCAUGGACAAGUGAGAAGCCUUUCCAAUGUAACAUCUGUGGUGGCCGCUUCUCAACUCGGGGCAACCUCAAGGUGCACUUCCAGCGACACAAGGCCGAGUUCCCGAACAUUGAGAUGAACCCAAACCCUGUCCCGGAGCAUCUCGACAAGUCCCCCCUGCCAAUGAUGGGGUCCCCAUUUCCAGCCGCAGCGCUAACACCCUUCGCCAACCCGGCCUUCAUGAUGCCUGGAUUCCUAAACGGUUUUAUGUUUCCGCCGCCCCAUCUUGCAAGCAGGCCACCGGUACCCAGCCAGUCAAUGCUUCACAAGCCAUUGCACAUGGAGGACAGGCGCCAGUCAGAGCCAAGCCCGAGCCCAAAGACUGAAAGGGCUGAGAGAAGUGACAGGCAGGAUAGAGGCGAUAGGCAUGAACGAAACAACAGGCAUGAACAAAGUGAUAGGCAUGAACAAAGUAAUAGGCAUGAACAAAGGCACUACCAAAAGGACCACAGGCCCAAGGAAAUCAGUCCAUCUCGAUCAUCACAUGAAGCUGCUAAGCAUCAAAGAUCGGCUGAGGAAAAUGAGCGUGAACAUCACAGAGUGCUGCAGUCAGUCGCAGCUUCACUGCACCUAAGUCGCCCGAGCCCAGUGAUGUCCAUGUCUAAUGUUCCACUGAUGAGCAGUUACCCAGUUAUGUCCCCCUUGCCAUCACAGCCUCCAUUCCCUCAACAUCGCGCGCCCGUCAUUACCUCCGUCUCCAUGGCCAAUGGAGACCCGUUCCGGAACACUAUCCUCCCGUCAAACAUUCUUGACAACGACGACAACCUUGAGCAAUUCAUGGAGAUCGACAAGUCCGAGACGAGCAAACUUCAGCAGCUGGUGGAUAACAUCGAGCACAAGCUGACUGACCCGAACCAAUGCGUGAUCUGCCACCGCGUGCUGAGUUGCAAAAGCGCGCUCCAGAUGCACUACCGAAUCCACACCGGCGAACGUCCAUUCAAGUGUAAGAUCUGCGGCCGCUCCUUCACUACAAAGGGAAACCUGAAGACCCACAUGGGAGUGCACCGUGCCAAGCCACCCCUGCGCAUGAUGCACCAGUGUCCCGUGUGUCACAAGCAGUUCACCAACCUGCUCGUGCUCCAGCAACAUAUCCGCAGCCACACUGGCAUGUCCGGGCUGCCGCCUAUACCCGGCUUGAGCCACCUUGGGAUGUUUGCGUCGCGGCCAAGUUUCGAGGACCACAUGGCGGGGUCUGGGGGUGGUGGGAUGUUUAACAUGAAACGCAUGUUCCACGAGGAGGAGGUUAGAGAGCUGGAUCUGAGCAAGAAGCCCAGACUGGAGCGAGAUGAGAAGAAUCUCAAUACCUCCAUUAGCAGUGCAAACGAUGAUGGAAAUGGAUCAGUCAAUGAUGAUUCAAGUGAUGAACUACAGGAUGAAAUGGAUGACGAAGCAAAUAAAAUGGCAGCAGAUGAGGCGGAAAAAGAGGGACUGAUUGCGGAGACAAGCGAUGGCCAUUCAAGUCCCGAGGAUUCCAGAGGCAUAUUGGAGGACAGAAAGCUCCCCUUAGUGUUGUCUGCCAGCAAGAUGGAGAGCAGUAGCAGACUGGUCUCUGAGCACAACUUCCUGCGCUCCAGCAGCCCAAAAUACCUCCAUGAAGACUCAAACCCGAGUGCAGAGGAAAGCUACAAGAAUUACUCGACAUCGUUGGCUGCCCUGGAGGAGCGAGUGCGGCAGAUUGACAGCACAAUGGCAAGGAAUCCUCUGUCCCAAUUCCACGCCGCCCCUUUCUUACUUGCUCCAAGCUACAGUGGCGACGGUGCCGUGUCGCCCAGGUCAGAAACAGGGUCGGAGGAAAGUCGCAAGAAUUCACUUGGUGGGGAGGGUGGCAUUGGCAGCAACUACCUGCUGGGUGCGAUCGAUGGACAGGCUAUCGACGCCAAUAGCAAGGCUACUACUUGUAACAUUUGCUAUAAAACAUUUGCGUGCAAAAGCGCUCUUGAUAUUCACUACAGAUCCCACACAAGGGAGCGUCCGUAUAAAUGUGACCUCUGUGACAGGUCAUUUACCACCCGAGGUAACAUGAAGCAGCACUUGUUGACCCACAAACUGAACGAGGGGUCAUCUGAAAACGGUGAUUGUGAAAGCAAUAACAACAAUUGUUGUACACCAAAUCAAAAUGACAAUGAGAGUGACGAUGAUUGUAAUAGUAACGACUCGGGCAGUUUAGAAUCUCACAAAAAUAUGAACAAUGACUCUAUGGAAUCGCAGUCUCAGGUUAAAAAUGAAAAAGAACAAAACUCAAGCAGUUCUAUGAGCUACUCUGAGGAAAAUGCAAAGCUGUCUAGUAAUGUUCGACAAAUGCCAAGCUCUUCUACAUCCCCAUCGACUGCUACCACCGGGCAACGGUCUGCAGCAUGUGCAUACACCUCCCCGCCUGAUCUUUCCAGUCAGUCCCCAUUUGUAAGCAAAACCCCAACUGUUAAGCACCAAUGUUUAGUAUGUCAGAAAGGUUUCUCGAGUGCAAGUGCACUCCAAAUCCACAUUAGGACUCACACAGGUGACAAGCCCUUCAAAUGUUCGGUUUGCGGGAAGGCUUUCACCACCAAGGGUAAUCUGAAGGUCCACAUGGGAACUCACAUGUGGAACAACAGUCCUAGCCGUCGCGGAAGAAGGAUGUCCAUAGAACCACCUUUCUUGCUGGCUCACAAAGAAAACCCAUACCUGCCACCCGGAUUCCCACCAAGGGCCGAUUUCUAUCCAUUCCAAUUUCCUCCAUUCAUGAACGGUCUGCCUACGCCACCAAAGUCUCUGUCGGACCUAAGCAUGCUUCACGGUAUGGGAAACUAUAUGAGCCAAAAGAGAGAGCUAACCUCCCCUCCAAAUGAAGAGCGACAAAAGGCAGAAACUAGUCCGGUGCAGGUCAACAAGCCCAAGUACGCUGAAUCCGGAGAAUUGGACCUUAGCAUGAAGUCAAACGGCUCUUCCGGGACAAGGUCAUCCGAGAAGACGUCCCCAUCAAGUGUGGACUCAAACUCAUCCUCUGGUAUGAUUUCCCCGCCCCACAUGUCCCUGGGGUGGGGCUGGAAAGCCUCCUGUCACCUCUGUAGCAGAUCCUUCCCGACCCCGGUCGCGCUGGAACACCACAUCCGCAGCAUGCACCUCAUGGGAACCAAUCUGCCCAAGGUUGAGGCCUCGUGAUGGUCAUUAUUUCAUCGCAUGAAAACUUUAGGACAUGUUUGAAACUUUACAGAAUUAACUUACACAGAACUGAUCGACAUUUUAUCACAGAACUGAUCGACAUUUUAUCAUCUGUUGAAAUAUUUAGGUCAUGUUAAUAUUUUCAAAAAUUGUACUUACACAGAACUAUGACUUACACCACCUCGGUUGAAAGAAUUGAAAAGGAAGGUCUUCUUACAAUUAUGUUUGACUUAGAUGUAAAUACUUUGCACUGUAAAGAAAAAAUGUUGAUUUACUGGAAAUGGAUAUUUUUUUGACAUGAUAGUUGGAGUAAAAUAAGUAUUAAUUGCUAAGCUAGUCAAAAUGUUAUGAUUAUCUAUCAAAUCCUCAUUAAUAUUUAUUAACAAGAAUAUGGAGACACCAACAGAAAAUUGAAGGCUUGAAAAGAUGGAUAUCAGACUAUCAGCUGGAAGUUGGAAGGAAAAUCAUUGCAGAAUUUGAAAAUCCAAUGAGGGGAUGGUAUGGAGGUUUGAUGGUUGUUAUGUUAAUUGAAGAGCUGGAGGGUGGGGCAUGGCCAGUGGGUACUAAUGUGGAAUUGGAGGGCACCUGUACCCGAGAGACCUUGGAAACUGGUGUCAUUCGCUCAAAUCUAAAUGUCCCCUCUCUGCAGGGGAUGAUUUAGAAUCUGAGAGAAACUAUCAAGAUCUGUUAUGAUCUUACGCAAAUCUAAAUGUAACAAAGCUGCUUUCAUUUUGUAUUGUUUCUUAUACACUUGGAAUUAUACAUUAGAAAAAUAUGUUACACAGUCUGAAAUAAAUAUCCAUGUAAACUGAUUAGAAAGAUAUUCUACGCCUAUGGCUGUGUAUAUUAGAUUAUCCAUUGGUAUUCAUGUUAAAAAGCCACACAUUAUAAAUACAGAUGAAUGUUAAUGUAUAUAUUUAUUAUGUUUGAAUGAUAUUAGAUCUGAUUGAAUUGAUUUAAACUUACGACUUCUAUGUACUAACUAUAUGUGAUGUUGUACUUCCAGUGUAAUGAUUUCAGUAUUCCAUUAUAAUUUUCAUAUAUUUAUUCGUAUCUAGUACAAAUAUUGGUAAAUAUAGGUUUAAGUUUUUCUUUAAGGAAUGAUAGUUAAAUUUGUUUUGGGAAUCCAUUCUUUCUUAAAGAUUACUGGCAUAUACGCAGAUUAUUGCGUACUUAGAACAUAUUAUUGGAAAAAUAAUACUUAAAUAAUACUUAAAUCAAUUCUGAUAUUGGUCAUCAAACACAUAUACAGUAUACAACAAAUACUUUUGUCUUAAUCACCUGGCAUGGUUUAAAAUGAUCAUUGUUUCUAGCACUGUAUAAACUUGUAUUUGUGUCACAUAUUUCAUACAAUAAUUUUAAAAAAAGCAUGUUCAGUUAAAAAGUGUGUUCUUUUUUUCAAAAGAGUUUAAUGAAUAAUUUAAGCAAACCAAAUGUAGAUGGUACAUAAUGUUAAAAGUAAAUAGUUUAAAUUUUAGAACAGAUUACUUGUAGAUGGGAUAAUUUUUACUGAUGUUGUUUGAAAUUCCACAUUGCAAUUUUUGUGUUCAUUCACUUCAUGUAGGUGCUUCUUCCAAUGUGGAAAUGCAGCUCUAGUCAAAAUGGGAAGACAUAGUUGGUGUAGUUGUCACAACGUUUAUAUGUAGAAUCUCCAAAGCGUGUGAAUUGAGUAAUUUUGUUGUUGUGUAUCAAUAUCUCAUAUUCACAAAAUGAAGAUGUGUUUUAGUGAGAGGUCAUAUUUUAUUUGUAUUUUAUUUCUAUUAACGGAUUUAUGUUUGAAUGCCUGUGAGUGUUUAAGUUGUUAGACAUCUUUUCUGAUCAGUAUUUUGAUAAAGCACUUGUUUUAGUAGCUUUAAUUGUUUCACAUCCUUUGUUAUAUCAUUUGCUUAUGUUAAGUCUGCUUAGACUGCCUUGUAUGUCCUUCUAUGUAAAAACUUUGUAAAAAGUGUCAAAAUGGCGAUAGAUGUAUACUUUUAUUCAUCAGGUUCAUAACCAUUUUGAAACAGUUUCUUUUUGAGUUCUUACAUUUUAAAUGACAUUUUAAAGUCACUUUAGGAAUAAAAUCUUUAAAAGUUUGUUUUGAUUAAAUUAAAAAAGGCAUAUUUUCAUUAUGUUGAGAAUGAUAUUGGCAAAUAAAAAGAUACAUUAUUUCAAGAUGACCUGCCUAUCAAUAUCCUACUUAUUAACUGAUAACAUUUUCAGCAUCAAGUACACAGUUCAUUGCAAGCUAGUGUUACAUAAAAUAUGGUUUUCCCCUUACAUUUAAUUCACAGCCCUGUAACUUACCUGUACAUUUUAUAGAAUAAAACUUCCUUUCUUGUACAUUUCUUGUUACGCAAGCUGUCCAUGUUACGCAUACAAUUGUUGUUGCACAGUACGGUGCUUAUUUUACUAAUUUAGAAGUUUUUUUUACUUCAUUGUAAAUAUUUUUAGUGUAUGAUGAACUUGCAUGUCUUUAAACACAAUUGAUACAUCCUUAUUUCUUAAACAUGAUGUUAAUUUUGAUGACAAGUUAAAAUACUAUUUCCAAGACAAAGAUAAUAAUUGUAAUAAUUACAUUAAAUGAUUCUAUUUUAUUGUAUUGUUUGUUAGAGAAUGUUAAUGAUGAACAAAGGGUUUUGUUAAUAAAACAUUUACACUAAUUGCUUUGAUUAUUUAAAGCAUACCUUAAACGAGGCCAAACUAACAGCAUAAUUGACAGCAAAGAACUGUGAUGGUCUGAAAUCCACUAUGUGUGUUUUUUGUUUUAUUCAAAUGUGUUGACAUGCACUUAGCUUACCACUGCUACAUAUACAAACUUUAUAUAUGUCAAUGUCUUUGAAGUUAGUUCAUAUUUUUUCCCAAUAAAAAUAUCUGUGCAAAUUAAAUCUCCAAGAUUUGUGUGAUCGGUAUUAUAUUAUUUCACGCCAUGUAACUGUUGUGAUUAUUGUUGUUUUGAGAUGCCAAUACAUUGCCAACUUUGCCGCUGUACGUUGUUUAAUGUUUUCUUGUAGAGCACAUACAUUGGAAAAGUCACUGUUUGUUACAUGCUUCAUAAAAAUAAGAUAGUUGCAACACUGUCCAAUCUCUUUAUUGUAGUUAGAUUUCAAAUACAACAGUGUAGCAAUAUGCCUGGUGAAAUGUGUUCAUAUUGUGUAAUACAGAAUUUGGUAUGAGUGGUCUACGUGUUGUGAAUGUGAUGUGUCAAAUGUCAGCCAUAUUUUGUAUGAUAUCAUAGAUGCUAGAGAAAGUAACCAUUGUUGAAAAUUCAAAUAAAAUAGAUAUAAAGUUAAGUAUAAAAAC